UGCAUUACUCACCUGUCGGAACCACAGCGACACUGAUCUCUUCCGGCCAGAUAUCCGGCUGAUAUAACAAGGCAAGGCGGCUGGCCGAGUCCAGGACCAGCAGCCCUCCACCCAAAACAAAAAACCAAAACCCACCAUUCACAAUGUCGCGCGACGUCACACACCUACCACCAUCAACAACAGACCCCGAGACGGCCUCUACAAAUGUCGGCGACGGCGACGGCAGCAGCGGCGCGUCGACCUCCAAGCUCGAGGACAGGCAGCGCCCCUCCCAGUCUACGCUCGCCGGCCCCUCCUUACCCGAGGGCUGCGCCUACGGCACCCUCGCCAAGGUCGACGGCGACGGCAAGGAGGCCGAGACGGUCAUCUGGGUCGAGUUUGCACCGGGGAGCAGGGACAACCCAUUCUUCUUCUCAAAGUGGCGCAAGGUGUCCAUCACGGCUUGUGCCACCUUCUUCACGUUCAUGACUGCGUACACCACCACGGCCUACUCAAUCUCGGAGGAGUCAAUGUGUCGCGACCUGGGGUGCAACAAUCUGCAGUUCGCCUCCGGCAUCGCGCUCUACGCCUGGGGGUUCGGCAUCGCACCGCUGAUGCUCGCGCCGCUGUCUGAGGAGUUUGGCCGCAGGUGGACGUACGCGACCGCGUGCUUCCUCUUCUUCAUCCUGCACCUCAUGAUGUCGCUUGCCAAGAACAUGGCGACGGUCCUCAUCGCGCGCUUCAUCAUCGGCUGUGCUGGCUCAGUCGGCGCCACACUCGUCGGCGGUACCAUCUCGGACAUCUUCAUCCCUGCGCACCGCGGCCUCCCAAUGGCCAUGUUCGGCUUCUGCGCCGUCUUCGGCACGGGCUUUGGCGCGGUCACCAUGGCGUGGGUCGAGGUCGAGCAGCACUUGGGCUGGCGGUGGAUCCAGUGGAUCCAGUUCAUCAUUCUCGGCGCCUUCUUUCCCGUCUGCCUGGUCGUCAUGCGCGAGACGCGCGCGACCGUCAUCCUGCGCCGACGAGCCGCCAAGCUGCGCAAGGAGCGCGGCCUGUCCGACGGCGGACGAUAUCUCGCCCGCGCCGAGAUCGACAAGGUCAAGUUCGUCACGGCGAUGGGGCAGAGCAUGACCCGCCCGCUCGUGUUUCUGGCGACAGAGCCCAUCGUGACCUUCUUCUCGCUGUGGAUCGCGCUCGGCUGGGGCGUGUUCUACACGCAGAUCGCGGGCAUCCCUUACACCUACCGCAAGCUGCACGGCUUCAGCACCACGCAGGUUGGCCUCGUCUACCUGUGUAUCUGUAUCGGUGCGAUCAUCGGCUUUGCAGGCAACUUUAUCCAAGAGGCAAUCUACCGCAAGCGCGCGGCCAAGCGCGGCGUCGAGGCACGGCUCUACGCCCCGAUGGUGUGCGGCGUGCUAUUCGCCGUCGGUUGCUACAUCAACGGCUUCACCUCCAUCCCCAGCGUGCACUGGAUCGCCCCAUGCAUCGGACUGACCUGCGUCCUUGCUGCAAUUCUGAUCAUCUACAUAACUUCAUUUACCUACCUCUCUGAGUGUUACGGCGUCUACGCCUCGUCCGCGAUCGCGGGGCAGAGCUUUGCGCGCAAUGUCAUGGGCGGCGCCUUUAGUUUUUUAACCGCUCCCAUGUUCAACCGGCUCACGGUACGCUGGUCGCUGGUCAUGAUGGGCGGGUUCGCGACGCUGCUUGCGGCCGUCCCGUUCGUGGCGUUUGUGUGGGGCCCGCAGAUCCGCGCGCGCUCGCGAUACUCCAAGAUGCUCAUGGCGCAGGAGCGCGAGCAGCUCGACAAGGAGCGGCGCGCGAGGGUGUCCCGCGGGCUCGACGUGCACGACGCCGAGGACCUCGAGGGGGACGCGAACGAGCGCGGCGAGCACGAGCUCGACGAGGGCCAGGCCAACGCGCUGCAUCUCGUGCCGUCGGUCGCGGAGAAGAUUGUCUAGGCGUAUCCAGCAGCGUGUCCAGGCUGCUGCAGACCACUAUAGAGAUAGAUCGGACAUGUAUCUGUACCACUGGGC